CCAAGAAUCCAGCAGCGUCGUUAUCCUCUCGCCCAUCGACUGCCCGCAGAAACUAUACAAAGAUAGACCUUCUGAUACUUCUUGGCGAGCUCAUUGUUGUUUUCAACGCGGAAAAGAAAUAGGUUUGGAAUUGCCGAUCCGAGGUGCCGCUUGGGUAACUGUUCUUCGCUGCGGCAAAUAUACUUCUCGAGACAUUUCAGACAGGGUGUCCGCAACGACCGCAAAAGGAUGUCAACUUCACAUUUUCACAUACAGGAACACAAAGUGCCUUGUCAGCACAUACGAAGCUAUCCAUAUGCAACACUUCACUACGAUGAAGAAGUGCUUCAUUUGGCCGUGAAACAAUAUACCCCCCUCAACAACCCCAACCCGCAACGAGGAGAUGUCACUAUAAUUGGCGCUCACGCCAACGGUUUUCCUAAAGAAUUGUACGAGCCUUUGUGGGAUGAGUUGCUCCAACGUUCUGAAAAGCAAGGCUGGCGGAUACGUGGCAUAUGGAUUGCCGACGUUGCUUUUCAAGGCUGGAGCGGUGUCUUGAAUGAAGAUAAGCUUGGGUGCAACCCGGGCUGGUAUGAUCAUCCACGGGAUCUUCUUCAUUUAAUCAACACAUUCCGAGAUCAGAUGCCAAGACCCAUCGUCGGCAUAGGUCAUAGCAUGGGAGGAAAUACCCUUAUCAAUCUCUCUUUAAUGCAUCCUCGCUUGAUAGAGACUCUUGUCCUAAUAGAUCCAGUCAUCUCGCGGGCGCCUUCAAGAUCUGGGAACUGGGGCGUUGCAGCCGCAUCAUUUACGCGAAGAGAUCGCUGGCCUUCUCGUAGAGCUGCGGAAGAGUCUUUCAAACGUAGCAAGUUUUACCAGGUUUGGGACCCCCGCGUUCUCGAGCGUUGGAUCAAAUACGGAUUGCGUGAAUUGCCCACAAAGCUGUAUCCGGAUCCAGACCCAAAAUCCGCCGCAACAGGAAGCACAGUCACACCAGAACCGACGGUGACACCGAAUGUGACUACUAAUGAGGAGGAGAAAGAAGUCACGCUUACGACAACGAAGCAUCAAGAAGUAUUCAGCUUCAUGCGUACCUACCACCCAGCUCGUCCAGGUGAGCCGCGAGAUAAAGUGCUACACCCAGAGUUGCCCCUGUAUCCAGACAUGGGAUCUCCGGAGCCUUUCUACAGGCCUGAGCCCACAAUCACAUUCCAUAUGCUACCAUUCCUUCGACCGACUGUGCUAUAUGUCUUUGGUGAGCACUCAGACCUAUCAGCGCCUGAGGCACGGAAGGAUAAAAUGGAAAUUACAGGCACGGGUGUCGGCGGAAGCGGUGGAGUUAAAGAAGGCAAAGUCGAGGAGGUCAUAAUCAAAGACACUGGCCAUCUGAUUGCGAUGGAGAAAGUGAAUGAAACGGCCACUAUAGGUGCCGAGUGGAUUGGGAAGCGAAUCGAAGAAUGGCGGCAGGAUGAGGAGACACUUAAAAGAUACUGGGACAGUCUUCCGGAAAGGGCCAAGUUCACCAUGGGCCCAGAAUACGAAGAAGGCUUCAAGAAAUUGGGAAUGACUAGACUGCCCAAGCAGGGCAACUCGCAGCCUGCAAAGUUGUAGAUGUGUCUGCCUGGAAUAAAGACAGUCUCCGUGGGGCAAGGCGUAGACCGACUGAAUAGAGCAGAAGAAGACAUCUAUAUUGCAUCAGCUUUAGAUGACCGUAUUCCGGUGGUGUGUGAAAUCGGUCAGGAUGCUGCGUGAUGCGUUCGCCAGCGAAAUAUACACUGUUAUGAG